CUCUUUGUGGCUUUCAACAAGGUGUGCACGGCACAGUACUUUGUAUGGUACCUCGCGCUGCUACCAUUGGCGUUGGGCCAACUCAAGCCCACUGUGAGCAAAACUUGGCUACUGGCACUUGGAGUAUUAUGGUUGUCAACUGAAGGUCUCUGGUUGUUCUUUGCGUAUGAACUCGAGUUCGAGGGGAAGAAUACGUUCAUUGAGCUUUUCGGAGCUUCGACGCUCUUCUUUGCUGCUCAUAUAGCGAUAGCAUGUACGUUCAUUGCCAACUACGAUUGGCAUGUAUCAGCCGUGAAUGAUGAUCACCGAAAGGGUGCCGCCCCCAAGAUGAAGAUGGGGAAUAAGGCUAAGGAGUCUAAGAAGUGCAAGUGAUCGCUUUGUUAAGUCGUUGUACACUAGGAGGUCUGCAGCGUUUCUAUG